AAGUCAACAGCUGCUGCACACAAAAAGGUGUCAGUAAGAAAGAAAAGCAAAAGCAGUGUUCAGGCAAAUGGCGUGGAGCACGUUUUCCGAUCCACGUGCUGCGAGUUUCACGUCUCGGCCCGUCUUGACCCUGUAGACAGAAGGCAUUGAGAAGCUACUAUAAGGACAGCAGAGGCUUGUUUUUGUGAGUAGGCCUACAUGAUCACGAUGAUCGUCUAUUUUGACUCCAGUAUGAGGACAACACCUUUGACAGUUAAUAUUUUUCAAAUGACAUUCUUAUUCAGGGCUUCCCAAAAAGGGAUUUGACAUAACUAAGAAGAUUAUAAUAAAUGGUUUAGUUUUAAAAAAGUAAUUCAUUUAAUAUACAUUAGUUUUAGUUAGUUACUAUUUUGAAAAAAUAUCAAUUUAAUGCAAUACUACUUUUGUAGGUGGUGCAAGAACAAUUGAAUCGAAAGUAGUGAAUAAUAUUUUAGGGGUGCGCUGGGUUCCCAAUAAGGGGUGUGAGCUUGAUGCUUGGGUGGGUGGUUGGAUUUGUAAAAUUCUUUCCCCGCAGUUUUCAAAUCGAGUACAUUUUCUAAAUUUAUGUUUGCUAAAAUUUGUUUCUACUAUUAAUUUGUUUUUAAAUAGUUUGGUUUAAAUAUAAAUCCAUAUUGCAAUACUAAUUUUGUAGGGGAUGAAAAACAUGUAUUUUUAAAUUCUGAUUUUUUAAAAUACAUUUUAUAUUAACAUUUUUGUAUUUAUUUACUUUUUGCUCAAAUUUAAUACAAGUAUACUAUUUUAAAUUGAAUGAAAUAUUAAGUUUGUAAAUGAUCAGAGAACAAAAGUAUUUCUGGGGCGUGGAUUUUUAAUUGCAUUUUCAAUUUUGUUAUUUUCUAAUAUUCUUUCAUACAUUUUUCUAAAUUAAUUAAAACAAUCUAUUUUUUCGAUACACUUCUAAUGUAGUACAAUUUUUGUAUGGGGGUACAGAAAGUAUUUAUCAAUCGAUUAAUAACAUUUAAGAUGAAACAUACUAUACAUUUCUAAAAUUAAUUUAUGAUAUAAAAUUUGUUUUGCUAAUUUUUAAAGGGUUGCGUGGCAUAGAAAAGAGAACCACUGUUAUAAUGCUAUAAUAUAUGACUUGAAUUAUAAAUCUUUCAUGAUAAGCAACAUUUUUCUCAAUGUUUAUCCGCUGCAUCUUAGAGAGAUGUUGCAGUGUCCAUUUUAAACAUUCCAUUUAGAUGCCAAGUAUGCUUCCUUAUCCGAUAAAUAUUUAAUUCAGCAAAAAAUGUGAACUUCAUAACGUAAGGAGCAGAUCAAACAGGCACAUCCAACCACAGAACAGUGUCGUGAUGGCAACGGCCAGCUCAGAAGAUAACGUGCGUCAGCAUCCUACCAAUGGAGACCACAUGCUGGUCAACAAAACUCUCAGGAGGUUGGAAAAACUCCACGAGUUGUGCUCGGACCCCCGGCUGAGCCUCAAGAACAGCCCGCCGUAUCUUCCUGAGCUGGUCCCCAAUACGGCCUCUGUGCUCCGACGGGUCUGGAAGCCCUACCGAGGCCUCGGGGCACUGAUGGGCCGGGCCCCCGCGGGGGACGAGGCGGUGUACCUCAGGGUCCAUGCCAGGAACCUGCUGGAUAAGACGGACAGGGCCUUGCUGCUCUUUAAAGACAAGGACAAGAUGUUUGAUGAGACGUCCAGCUACAGGAUGAACCUUACCAAGCUGUCCCUGAUCUUCAGUCACAUGUUGUGGGAGCUUAAGGCCGUGUUUCCGGGGGAACGUUACCACGGCGACACCUACAAGAUGAUCAAGACGGAAGCACGGGACUUUUGGAAGCUUUCUUUUGGCAAAAAAUGCAUUGUGCGAUGGAGCAGUUUCGCAGAGAAGCUGCGCCGCGUGCACCUGUUUGAGGACGGGAUGGAGUCCAUGGCCCUCAAGUCCACUGUCGAUCUCACCUGCAACGACCACGUCUCUGUCUUUGAAUUUGACAUCUUUACCAGGCUCUUUCAGCCAUGGGGAUCCCUCCUGUGGAACUGGAACCAACUAGCCGUGACCCACCCGGGCUACAUGGCCUUCCUCACGUAUGACCAGGCCGUGUCACGACUGAAACGCUACAUCCACAAGCCUGGAAGCUAUAUAUUCCGUCUGAGCUGCACCAGGAUGGGCCAAUGGGCCAUCGGGUACGUGACCGGUGAGGGCGGCAUUGUGCAGACCAUCCCUGAGAAUAUGUCGCUCUGCCUGGCGCUUCUUCUGGGCCACAGCCAGGAAUGCUACUUGUACCCGGACGGUCGCGAUGUGAACCCAGACCUCACUGCACUGCACCGACCGGAACACAAAGCAAAAGUCAACGUUACGCGAGAGCAGUAUGAGCUUUACUGUGAUCCAGGCACCUCCUUCCAGCUGUGCAAGAUCUGCACAGAGAAGGACAAGGACACCCGCAUCGAGCCGUGCGGCCACCUCAUGUGCAGACGCUGUCUGGACAACUGGCUGCAGAAGUCGGCCGGCCACACGUGUCCGUACUGCCGCUCUGACAUCGACGACACGGAGCCCGUCGACGUCGAGCCCUACCAGCUGGAACACAAGGAGGAGGAGGAGAGUGACGAUGAUGAAGACGACCACGAAGACAUUGAGCUGGUGGUGAAGCAAAUGGGUGCGCUUAGGAAGACGGUGCGUAGUUAUAGUAUAGUGUUCAUUGAAAAGCAUGACAAUAUCCAGAUCUACAUUUCUAUUAGGAAAAAAAGAUGUGGCCUUAGAUUUCAGCAUAAAUUGAUCAUAAAAUAUGAGCCAAUCUUCAUCUAAAUCAAAGACAACAGACAAUCAUAGUCUGCUUAAACUAAUAUCUCACAAACAUUUAUGUUUCUGCAUUUUUAUUGCACAGACCAUGAAAAAAAAUCACAAUACAGGGCAGGAAAAGUAUGUAAACCCCUAGCCUAGGUGAAUGACUUCAGAGACAGGAGUCAGACCACUUAGAGUCCAAACAAUGUGACGAGCUUGGUGGUGUUGGUUAAAGUCAAACUGCUCUAUAAAAAAACAUUCUCAGGCAGCAUUGCCUGAUGUGAACCGAUGCAUGCUCUCAGAAUGUUCUCAGAAGACUUAGGUUAAGAAUUGUUAACUUGCAUGAAGGGUUUCAAAAGUACAGUGGUACCUUGACAUACAACCAUACCAAUUUACCAGUUUCUUCAAGUUGCGAGCUAUUGCUUAGUUAACUUUUGCUUUGUGUUGUGAGCCAGAAUUUGAGGUACAAGCAAGUUGCGUGUCUGUUUUGUUCUACAAUUGUGACAGUUUUCGCUUUUUGAUGAGGAUAGGUGGGAAGAGCACAACCUGAGUGUCCAUACAGCACGUGCAUGAGUUUCACCUCCGAUUUAGUAUAGCCACAUACGGAAGAGGCCUGGGUAGGAUUUGAAAAAAAAAAAAAAAAAAACCAUAAUUGUACUGUUCACAUUGACAUGAAAAAAUCCGAUACAUGUCACAUAAGGGCAAACAAACCCGAAACAUUCU